AUGGCUCAGGGAUCCGGGGAGCCAAGAGCAGUGGCAACUGCUGACCCAGAGGACAGUUCUCCAAACAUGAUAGUCUACCGCAAAAUUGAAGACAUCAUUACAAAGAUGCAAGAUGACAAGACAGGGGGCGUGCCCAUCAGAACAGUCAAGAGCUUUCUCUCCAAAAUCCCCAGUGUUGUCACAGGUACUGACAUUGUGCAGUGGCUGAUGAAGAACCUGUCCAUCGAAGACCCAGUUGAAGCAAUACACUUGGGAAGCCUGAUAGCUGCCCAGGGCUAUGUCUUUCCCAUCUCGGACCAUGUUCUCUCCAUGAAGGACGAUGGCACCUUUUAUCGGUUCCAGGCUCCAUACUUCUGGCCAUCGAACUGCUGGGAACCUGAAAACACUGACUAUGCCAUCUAUCUUUGUAAGAGGACAAUGCAGAAUAAAGCAAGGCUGGAAUUGGCAGAUUAUGAAUCAGAAAACUUGGCAAGACUCCAGAGGGCCUUUGCAAGGAAGUGGGAAUUCAUCUUUAUGCAAGCAGAAGCGCAAGUAAAGAUUGACCGGAAAAAGGACAAGACAGAAAGGAAAAUCUUGGAUAGUCAAGAGCGGGCCUUCUGGGAUGUCCACAGGCCAGUGCCAGGCUGUGUGAACACCACAGAAAUGGAUAUCAGAAAAUGUCGGCGUUUGAAGAACCCACAAAAGGUUAAAAAGUCGGUGUACGGCGUGACAGAAGAGUCCCAGUCCCAGAGCCCUGUGCACAUCCCCAGCCAGCCAGUCCGGAAAACGACAAAAGAGGACAUCCGGAAACAGAUAACGUUUUUGAACGCACAGAUUGACAGGCAUUGUUUAAAAAUGUCCAAAGUGGCUGAAAGCUUAAUUGCUUACACGGAACAGUAUGUGGAAUACGAUCCUAUGGUAACACCAGCCGAGCCGUCCAAUCCCUGGAUCAGUGACGAUGUCACUUUAUGGGACAUAGAGAUGAGCAAAGAGCCCAGCCAGCAGCGAGUAAAGAGAUGGGGCUUCUCUUUCGACGAGAUGUUGAAGGACCAGGUGGGACGGGAACAGUUUCUACGCUUCCUGGAAUCAGAAUUCAGUUCAGAAAACCUCAGGUUCUGGCUGGCUGUCCAAGACCUCAAGAAACAACCCCUACAGGAUGUGGCCAAGAGGGUGGAAGAGAUCUGGCAAGAGUUUCUGUCUCCAGGGGCCCCAAGUGCAAUCAACCUGGAUUCUCACAGCUAUGAGAUUACCAGUCAAAACGUCAAAGACGGAGGGAGAUACACAUAUGAGGAUGCCCAGGAGCACAUCUACAAGCUGAUGAAGAGUGACAGCUACGCCCGCUUCCUCCGGUCAAAUGCUUACCAGGACUUGCUGCUGGCCAAGAAGAAGCCAGAAAGUGAGCAAGGUCGUAGAACUUCCUUAGAAAAGUUCACUCGCAGUGUGGGAAAGUCGCUGGCGGGCAAGCGCCUCACCGGCCUGAUGCAGUCCUCCUGA